CUAAUAAGUAACUGAAAGACUGUUGCGAGACUCUUGCGCAAGACCAAGACCAUGACCAUGACUGAGUUUGCAAGACCAAGACUCGGCUCGGUCUCGCAUUUGGGCAACACUUUCUGUGACUUUAGGUAUCGAAUACUCAUAGGUAUGGAAGUGUCAAUAUUUCCAUUUCAUUUAGAAUUUCUAUUUAAUAAUUGAAAAGAUCGCUAACAUCUAGUCACAGCUUAGUCAU